AUGGCUGAAACUAAGCGGUCUCGUGUCUUCUUCGACAUUGCCAUCGGCGGUGUCAAAGCCGGUCGUAUUGCCUUUGAACUCUACAACGAAAUCGUCCCCAAGACUGCCGAGAACUUUCGCGCACUAUGUACUGGCGAAAAGGGCAUAGGCAAUUCGGGCAAGCCUCUCCACUACAAGGGCUCUAGCUUCCACCGUGUGAUCAAGGGCUUCAUGAUCCAGGGUGGAGAUUUCACACAGGGUAAUGGAACAGGUGGAGAGAGUAUCUAUGGGGAGAAAUUCGAGGAUGAGAACUUCGAGAAGAUGCACACGAAGCCGUUUUUACUGAGUAUGGCAAACGCUGGGCCUGGCACUAACGGUUCCCAAUUCUUCGUUACUACGGUUCCAACUCCACACCUCGACAAGAAACACGUUGUGUUCGGUGAAGUUAUAGCCGGCAAAUCCAUCGUCCGCCAAAUCGAAAACCUAAAGGUCCAAUCUGGCGAUAAACCCUGGCAGGAUGCUACAAUCAUUGAUUGUGGUGAACUCACCGGCGAAGAGUACGACAAGGCCACCAUCAAGGUGUCUGACGCGACAGGCGACCCCUACGAAGACUACCCCGAAGACCAAAAAGCCAAUAGUGAAGAUGAAUGGGAUGGCAAAGAGAUCCUGAAGAUAGCCACCGAGCUCAAGACUAUGGGCAAUGAUGCCUUCAAAAAGGGCGACAACAACCUCGCCCUGAACAAAUACCAAAAGGGCAUCCGAUACCUGCAAGAAUAUCCCGUGCCACUCGACUCGGACCCAGCAGACCUCUGGCCCGCGCUGAACGCCUUGAAAAUACAACUUUACUCUAACUCGGCCCUCUUGCAGAAUAAGAUUGGACAGUUCGCGGAAGCAGCCGAGAGCGCGACGAAGGCGCUGGAGAUGGAGGGCAUUUCCGACAAGGAUAAAGCCAAGGCGCUGUUCCGACGCGCGACGGCUAGGGCAGGCAAGAAGAAUGAGGAUGAGGCGUUGAGGGAUUUGAACGAGGCGGCGAAGUUGGCGCCCGGGGAUGCAGCAAUUCUUAAGGAGUUGGAUGUUGUGAAGAAGAGGGUGCAGGCGCGCAAGGAGAAGGAGAAGAAGGUCUAUGCUAAUGCCUUCAACUUUGACUGA